UGCCAUUUUUGAGUUUUUUUUCCUUUCUCUCUCUCUCUCUCUUCUUUAUUCUUUAAUUUUUAUUUUCCCUUUUUCUUAUUAACCCGCAUAACCUUGCUUUUCACUCUGUGUUUGUUCUUAUUGUGGGUUGCAUUGAUAGCCUUUGGUUAGAUGGAUGGAUAAGACCAGUUUUGUAGCUGUCCCUCUUUCUUUCCUCUUUAUUUUACCUUUCUCUCAGUUUGAGUGUUUCUCUGAGGUUUUUUUUUAUUAAUUUCUCUUAUUUUCCCUGCAUUUGUGGCGGAUAAACCGGUGAGUUCUUUUGCAUAAUCCAAAUCCAGAAAGUUUCUACCUUCUGAACAAAAACCCACUUAUUGGUUUAGAUACAGGAUGGAUGGCGAAAGUGAUUUUAGGAAUUGGGAUGAGCUAAUACCGGAUGCUCUUGGACUAAUCUUUAAACAUCUAUCACUCCAGGAGGUACUAACAGUAAUACCUCGGGUUUGCAAAUCAUGGGGAAAAGCAGUAACAGGACCAUAUUGUUGGCAGGAGAUAGAUAUUGAAGAAUGGAGCAAUCGUUGCCAACCUGAGCACCUUGAUCGGAUGCUUCAAAUGUUGAUCACUAGAAGUUCUGGAUCUCUUCGGAAGCUCUGCGUUUCUGGCCUGCACAAUGACAUGAUGUUCACCUUCAUUGCAGAAAAUGCGGGUUCCCUUCAAACAUUGCGCCUACCCAGAAGUGAGAUGAGUGAUUCUGUUGCUGAACAGAUUGCUGGAAGGCUCUCAGCGAUCACUUUCUUGGAUUUGAGUUAUUGCAAUAAAAUUGGUGCUUGUGCUUUAGAGGCCAUAGGAAAGAACUGUAAAUUGCUGGUGGGAUUGUGUCGGAACAUGCACCCAUUAGCUACAGGGAAGCUCACGCAAGAUGAUGAGGCUAAGUCCAUAUCUGCAACAAUGCCUAAGCUCAGGCGUCUUGAGAUGGCUUACCAUGAUCUUAGCACUGAGAGUGUUUUAAAGAUACUUUGCAGCUGCUCUCAGCUAGAAUUUUUAGAUUUGAGAGGGUGCUGGGAUGUCAAACUUGAUGACAAGUUCAUCAAGGUGAAGUUUCCGAACUUGAAGAUCUUGGGACCCAUUGUCAAGGAUUGCUAUGAGAUUAAUGAUUGGGAUGAUUGCUCAGAUUACUCAGAUGGUUCUGAGUACUUGGCCUGGGAAUUCCUAGCUGGUGGAAUGGGUGAUUAUGAUGAUGAUGAUGAUGAAGAAAUCUACGAUGGAAUGUGGGAUGAUGAAGGCAGGCUGGAGGAGCUUGAGCUAAGGUUCUACAAUGGAAUUGUUGAGGAUGCUGGAGUCUACGGUUGGCCUCAAUCACCUUAGUUUUUGUGCUUCUUCCCUGUCAAUUUGUUUACUGUUUCAACCGUUUUCUUUCUUGGAACAACUGCUAUAUGCUCUAAAUGUGUUAUAUCUUUCCAAAGGAGUGGACCUGUGUGGUUUGUCAUUGUAUCUGUUUUCUGUCAUGCAUAAUCUGAAGUUCCAAAAUGAAAGACUCCUUGUAUAGUCUAGUCUGCA